AUGUCUGAGCGUGAUAUAGAGCUCUCCCAUUCGCGGGCUCAGCCUUCCACCGACAUCACUACUGCUGAGCCUCUAGCUAUGGACACCCCUGACAGCCAGCUCCGAGUAUUAACUCUCAACUGCUGGGGUCUCAAAUUUGUCUCCAAAGACCGCGUUGUACGUACUCGGGCGAUCGGAGACGAGAUCGCAGCCUCCAACUACGAUAUUGUCGGCCUUCAAGAGCUAUGGGUUCAGGGGGACUAUGACUAUAUCAAAGCCAAAGUUGCACACAAGCUGCCUUACUCAAAGUACUUCCUUAGUGGGGCGCUCGGCGCCGGUCUAGCCAUAUUCUCCCGGUUCCCGAUUAAAUCCACCUCACUACAUCCCUAUUCUCUAUGCGGCUCUCCACUGGACGUGGCCGGAGGGGACUGGUUCGUCGGGAAAGCAGUUGUGGGCGCGAUAAUCGACCACCCGCUCCUUGGCGAACUCGAGAUUUUCAACACACACCUCUUUGCCAAAGGCGGUGAAUCCCCAUCCAAACCCCAAAUGGCCCACCGACUCGUAGGGGCCUACGAGUUCAGUCGUCGCGUAAAUAUCUCAGCAUCGCUUGGUCGUCACGUUCUGGCCGUUGGAGACUUUAACUGUGUCUCUAAGAGUCCUGCGAUGCAAUUCAUCUAUACGAUGACUGGGUUACGUGAUGCUUGGGGCAGUACACAUGGGAGCUUUGUUCUCCCCCAGGCUGAUGGUGUCCAUUCCCCUCACCAUGCAGUCAGUGACCGAGGUGUUACGGCUGAUUCUCCGUUAAAUUCCUACUCCAAGGGCAAGGUAUUCGAUGAACACGCACGAAAGUACCUUGGAAAACGUCUCGAUUACAUCCUUUUCCGCCCUCCCACGUCUAAACCUGCACAAUAUACCCACGAACUCAGGUGUCGGGAUAGUUCGGUUGGGUUUACGCAUUACGUUCCCGGAACGGAAAUUUCUUUUUCUGACCAUUUCAGCGUCACCGCGACAUUUGAAUGCGCGCCCGUACAUCGAAGUGGACAGAACGGUCAUCGUCCGAUCACCCCUCCUCGGGGGACGAGCUACUCACCAUCGACCCGUUCUGAAGUUCUCGAGUAUGCGAUAUCGACGAUGGGGGCUGCAUACUCUUCUGCUCGACAGGAUAGCCAUAAAAAGCUAGUGUGGUUUGCUGGGCUUGUGGUUUUGCUCAUUGCUUUGAUUGUCGGCAGUGCCUGGGUCCCUGAGUCUGGUGUAAAUCCUCUGUUGAUAUUCGUCGGAGGUUUGAUCACCUGGGGCGGCACGACGCUCUUGUAUGCAGGCUUCUUGGGAGGUGGAUGGGAGACCAGAGCUCUGAUGAGGACCAUGGAGGAGUUGGAGAUGCUAUUACAGAGUGAAGAGAGGAGAAUUUACUAA